AUUGGAAUAAGAAUGGAAUUGAAAAAUGUGGUGAAGGACAAGAAAUUUUGGAUGGCAUCUUUCAUCAUUGCUUGGGCUGCAGCUCUUCAGGGUCACAUGAUGUGGUUGCAGCGCCAGAAUUCCUUCAAAGAAAAAUUCGGUAACCCCCAAGACCAUCCUCAAAACCCUAACUAACUCACUCUCUUAGAUCACACCUUCGCUUCUAUUCUGUUUCUAUGCUUCAAUUUAUUAUUAUAUUAAACAAUCUUCAUCUUCCGCUGUUUAUCAAUUUGAAUCAUGCAUAUGUUGUAUGUUUAUCAACUGUGAAACUGCUCAAUAGCACAUGUUAAAACAGAAAUGAUGAAAUCUAAAACCAUGCCCUUUUCAUUCAAUUUAAUUUCAGAUUUGGUUCACCUGUAAUCACUGGUUGCAUGAUUAUGUAUGUGUUGAUCAAUUCAAACCAGUAGUUUUGUGCGUCCUAUUAAUAGAUUAUAACUUAUGAAUCCCGCUAGGGCUUUCCGAUGAAAACUCUCAUCCAUGUCACCAAUUUCUUCUCCAAUGAUUCUCCCCAGUGACCCAGACUCAUUCUCACAUUAUGGUGCAGAGGAUGGAAGUUGUUGUCGUGGGAGAAUUUUAGUGAGAGCUUUAGUUCAGGUGCCUCGUGUGUUUACAACUAAGUAUAGCUGAGUAAAAAGAAAUUCAAAAUUCAACUUACAAAGCUUUGCUAUACAGAGCUGUCAAUAGUAUUUGACAGAGUGCAGAAACAUCUGAGAGUAGAGAUGUUCUGUUAUGUUGAGUUUGUUUCAAAAACAUUUGUCCCACGUUGUUUCACCAUUCCUUGCUUUAGGCGGCGUUUGUGUUUGACCUUAUCAACUUUGCUAAGAGAUAUGGAGUGCAGAUGAUUGUUGCUCUACUGUUCUGGCAUGUCAGAAAAGGGUGGUGCGCCCUUUGACAUGUGACAACAAUAGUGGUGGCCAUGUUCUACAACUAUCAGAGUGAAGUAGUAGGACAAAAAAUAACCAGUAGUCAUGAUUUCUGUGGAUCACAAACAACCCUCCAAGUGUGUCUUAUGGAUCCUAAGUAAGAGGAUAAUCUGGAUUACUUUCCAAGAACUAAUAUCCACACUUAGCAAAUUACACAUUAGGUUUUCUUAUUCUACUUUUUAACAAAGAAAGCAUUAGCUCUGUUGUUGGAAUGACCAGUGUUGGGUUCUAUCUUUUAGGACUAGCCAGUCUAAAAACCUUCUGUGUAUAGGUUUAUCUCAUUAUAUAUGGUUAAAAACAUUGAAGUGAAUAUGAAAAUCUAAGGCUAUGUUUGGAUUAGUAGAGGCA